AUGUCGCGUCCAGAGAUCGAACCCCCGACCUGCGAUCCUCGCCACCAUUGCCGCCAUCCUCGCUGCCAUCCUCGCCGCCAUCCUCGCCGCCAUCAUCGCCGCCAUCAUCGCUGCCAUCAUCGCAGCAAACAUCAUCGGUUGCUGCAGGAGCCUCAGUUGCAGCAGGAGCAUCAGUUGCUACAGGAGCAUCAGUUGCAGCAGGAGGAGCAGCAGGAGGAGCAGCAGGAGGAGCAGCAGGAGCAUCAGUUGCUACAGAAGCAUCAGUUGCAGCAGGAGCAUCAGUUGCUACAGGAGCAUCAGUUGCAGCAGGAGGAGCAGCAGGAGGAGCAGCAGGAGGAGGAGCAGGAGGAGCAGCAGGAGGAGCAGCAGGAGCAUCAGUUGCUACAGGAGCAUCAGUUGCAGCAGGAGCAUCAGUUGCUACAGGAGCAUCAGUUGCAGCAGGAGGAGCAGCAGGAGGAGCAGCAGGAGGAGGAGCAGGAGGAGCAGCAGGAGGAGCAGCAGGAGCAUCAGUUGCUACAGGAGCAUCAGUUGCAGCAGGAGCAUCAGUUGCUACAGGAGCAUCAGUUGCAGCAGGAGGAGCAGCAGGAGGAGCAGCAGGAGGAGCAGCAGGAGGAGCAGCAGCAGGAGGAGCAGCAGGAGCAUCAGUUGCAGCAGGAGCAUCAGUUGCUACAGGAGCAUCAGUUGCAGCAGGAGGAGCAGCAGGAGGAGCAGCAGGAGGAGCAGGAGGAGCAGCAGGAGGAGCAGCAGGGGGAGCAGCAGGAGCAUCAGUUGCUAAGGGAGCAUCAGUUGCAGCAGGAGCAUCAGUUGCUACAGGAGCAUCAGUUGCAGCAGGAGGAGCAGCAGGAGGAGCAGCAGGAGGAGUGGCUGUGCCCGAGAAAUAAAUAUGUAAUGACAUAA